AAACUUCUCUCCAUCUCUUGUGGCCACUUCUUAGGCCUCACGCUGCUAAUCAUGGCUCUCUGGAUCUUAUCACUGCCUCUCCUGGCCCUUCUUGCCCUUUCUGGCCCAGGGACCAGCCAUGCAGCUGCCACCCAGCACCUCUGCGGCUCCCACUUGGUGGAGGCUCUCUACCUGGUGUGUGGAGAGAGGGGUUUCUUCUACUCCCCCAAAGCCCGACGGGAUGUUGAGCAGCCUCUAGUGAGUGGUCCCUUGCACGGUGAAGUAGGAGAGCUGCCCUUCCGGCCGGAGGAGUUUCAGAAAGUGAAGCGAGGAAUUGUUGAGCAAUGCUGCCACAACACCUGCUCUCUCUACCAACUGGAAAACUACUGCAACUAG